UGAGGGGGCGUUGGAAUUUUGCCCACCUUUUAUAUGCGUUUUAACGGACGUGUUGACAAUAAGACAUUUUGUCGAAUACUAAUGCAAGUGACAGCUUAGAGUAGAGGCAUAUGAAUGCAGAAGAAUCUAGGGUGGAUUACAUGGUGUGCGUGUAAUGGCAGCACGUCCACAGUCGUAUGAGGGAGCACUAUCAGCUAUACUAAAAACGUGGAACGAAAGAUUUUCAGCCUACAAGCUACAAUCCCGUAAGUGCCCAGUCGUGUGAGUCUUGACUUGAGGCUGACCCGGUUAAGAUGAGCCUUCAUGGUGCCAGUGGAGGCUGUGACCGCUCUCGAGAUCGUCGCCGCUCUAGUGACCGCUCACGUGACUCCUCACAUGAGAGGGGCGAAGGCCAACUCACACCCUGCAUUCGAAAUGUGACCUCGCCCACACGACAGCACAACAGUGAUCGGGAAGGGGGCUCUAGGCCCAGUAGCCCCAGGCCUCAGCGGGUCUCUCCCAGUGGAUCCAGCAGCAGCAGCAGUGGGGUAAUCAGCAGCCGCAACAGCAGCUUGUCUAGCUCAGAAGGCACUUUCAAGGGAAUGAGUGUGGGCGAGAUGGUCUUUGUUUACGACAAUGUCAAAGAGGGUACCCGUAGCAUGCGAACCUCUGAACGAGUCACUCUCAUCGUGGACAAUACACGGUUUGUGGUGGACCCCUCCAUCUUCACAGCUCAACCCAAUACUAUGCUGGGCAGAAUGUUUGGAUCUGGAAGGGAGCACAAUUUCACAAGACCUAAUGAAAAAGGAGAGUAUGAAGUUGCUGAGGGAAUCAGCUCAACUGUGUUUAGGGCAAUUUUGGAUUACUAUAAAUCUGGGAUAAUCCGCUGCCCUGAUGGAAUCUCCAUUCCUGAGCUAAGGGAAGCAUGUGACUAUCUGUGCAUCUCCUUCGACUACAGCACUAUCAAAUGCCGGGACCUCAGUGCCCUGAUGCACGAGCUGUCGAAUGAUGGAGCACGGAGGCAGUUUGAAUUUUACCUGGAGGAGAUGGUGUUGCCGCUGAUGGUUGCCAGUGCUCAGAGUGGGGAGAGGGAGUGUCAUAUUGUAGUACUGACAGAUGAUGACGUGGUGGACUGGGAUGAGGAGUAUCCCCCUCAGAUGGGAGAGGAGUACUCUCAGAUUAUAUACAGUACAAAACUCUAUCGUUUCUUCAAGUACAUUGAAAACCGAGACGUUGCCAAAUCAGUUUUAAAGGAGCGAGGAUUGAAGAAAAUUAGACUUGGUAUUGAAGGUUACCCCACAUACAAGGAGAAAGUGAAAAAGCGCCCUGGUGGGCGCCCAGAAGUCAUCUACAAUUAUGUUCAAAGGCCGUUCAUCCGCAUGUCCUGGGAGAAGGAGGAGGGCAAGAGCAGACACGUGGACUUCCAGUGUGUGAAAAGCAAGUCCAUCACGAACCUGGCGGCGGCCGCAGCGGACAUUCCCCAAGAUCAGCUAGUGGUCAUGCACCCCGGACCCCAGGUGGACGAGCUGGACAUUCUCCCCAACCACCCUCCCGCAGGCCACCACUACAGCAACAACUACAACAACGAGCCUGACCCCGACGCCCCAUCACCUGCCGUCUGAGCAGCCCCCUCACCCUCACACAGCAUGCUGCAGCAUGGAGCAAGAGUGACACCAUAACCAGAUUGCCUUCUGCACUUCCUCCGCAGCCUUAGAGCCUCAAGUAUCUAGCCUACUGUAAAAAAAACAAAAACAAAAAAAACAAAAAACCAAACAAACGAACAAAAAAAACAACAAUGAAAAAAAUCUGAGGGACAGCAGAUACUGGCAUGGGCAGUGUUCUCCUAUUUUUUCUUCUCUUUUUUUACUUGACCAAAGGAAAUUUAUUUUUUUUGUUGGUUCUUUGAAAUAAAGUUAGCAAACUCACUUAUUUUGUAAUUGGGCCUAUUAUUUUUAUUAUUAUUCUAAUUAUUGUUCAUUUCCAUAUUAUUGUUACUUGUGUAAUUGUUAUAGGGUGUUUCUGAUUUGAUAAGUUUGAGAUGUGCACUGGGUGGUGGCACUGUGUUAUUUUUCACUUGCAAAGCUCUCGGUUUGGCCAGAGUUGAAUUGCCCUCAAAUCUCCUUUGUGGCACCAAGCUGAAGGGAAACCAUUUGCCUGCUGAAUGAAUGCAGUGUUUUUAUUUUUUUCCCCAAUGGCAGGACACUUAUUUAUGUGGUCGGGAG